UAAAUCUGGUCCGUAAAACCCUAGCUAGGUGGAUAGAAGAUCAGAUGGGGAGGGGAAAGAUUCCGAUCCGGCGAAUCGAUAACACGACGAGCCGGCAAGUCACUUUCUCCAAGAGAAGAAACGGGCUGUUGAAGAAAGCUAAGGAACUCGCCAUUCUUUGCGAUGCAGAGGUCGGAUUGGUCAUUUUCUCCAGCACUGGGAAGCUCUAUGAAUUUGCAAGUACCAGCAUGAAAGCAAUUAUGGAAGGAUAUAAUAAGACGAAAGAGCAAAGCCAGCAACUGCAGGAUUCAGCAUCAGAACUCAAGUUUUGGCAAAGGGAAGCAACAAAUUUGAGGAAAGAACUACACAGCCUCCAACAAAAUCAUCGGCAAUUGAUGGGAGAAGAACUAUAUGGUUUAAGUGUUAAAGAUCUACAGAAUCUUGAGAACAAACUGGAUAUGAGUUUAAAGGGCAUCCGGGCAAAAAAGGAACAGAUAUUAAUUAAUGAGAUUCAAGAGCUAACCCGAAAGGGGACUAUUAUACAACAAGAAAAUCUGGAACUGUAUAAGAAGGUAAAACUCAUUCAACAAGAAAAUCUGGAACUGUACAAACAGGCUUAUGGCAAAAGAGAUCCAGAUGGUGCAGUGACCAAGAAUACAACUGAUUUCACCUUGUGUAGGGAUUCACUUAGCCCCAUGCAUCUCCAGUUAAGCUGCCAGCCUCAAAACUUUGAUGUCAUGUCAAGAGCAUCAGACUCUGGGUAAAGGCUACUGAAGGCAGGCAAGCAGGAAAAUGCAACAAAAACACUAAGCUAACAAGUAUGGGUUGUGGGGAUAAUCUGAUCUGAUCUAUUUUUACAAAUGUUACACAUACAUGCCAGAAUCAGUUGACUAUAGAAGCGAAGGCAGAAAGAAUUU